ACUUUCUUACCCUAGCCUUCCUGCUUUUUUCUCUCUUUAACCUUAAGUUGCCAGCUCUCAACUCAAGAGGAUGUCUAAUCCUCCAUCUCCAUUUACAAGGGAUGACGCUUAGUUUUUGUUUAGCACUGUGAUUGACAUGAAACCCUUGUUCUAGCAAGGUUGAUUGUCAUUAAUGUCCUUGCAUCAUGCCUUAGGGAGAAUUUUCUGGAAGUUUAAGAUUUUCAGGCCCUUUUAUGGGGAUUGGCAAUUCGGAAGCUGGAAAACGAAAAUUUCUACUAAAAAUGUGCACUCCAUUCCACAAAGUAACUGUAGAUACCCAUCUCAGCCACCUCACAAAAAGGUGCGCUGGACAGAGAAACAAGUGGAUAAGAAAAAUGUAGAUCGGAAAGUAUACAUGAGGGAUAUUAUUCGAGAGAUUUCGAAUAUUUUGAGGUAUACUUCGUGGAUAUCUGCUCAAGAACAGCUGCGCAAGCUUCAUAUCAAAUGGGACUCCUUUACAGUCACUCAAGUACUGAAAUCCCACCCACCAAUGGAGAAGGCCUGGUUGUUCUUCAACUGGACUUCAAAACAGAAGGGUUUUAAGCAUGAUCAAUUUACAUACACAACAAUGCUGGAUAUAUUUGGUGAGGCAAGGAGGAUAAAUUCAAUGAAGUAUGUCUUCCAGCUUAUGCAGGAGAAAGGGAUUAAAGUUGAUGCCAUUACUUAUACAUCGAUGCUCCAUUGGCUUUCUAAUAGUGGUGACUUUGAUGGAGCAGUGAACGUGUGGAAGGAGAUGAAAGUUAAUUGUUGUCAUCCAACUGUUGUUUCUUAUACAGCCUAUAUGAAGGUAUUAUUUGAUUAUAACAGAGCUGAGGAGGCGACUGAGAUUUACAAGGAAAUGCUUCAAUCUGGGCUAAAACCUACCCGUCACACUUACACAAUCUUAAUGGAGCAUCUUAUCUGUUCCGGGAAAUGCAAAUCAGCUCUUGAAGUUUUUAGGAAAAUGCAAGAGACUGAGAUGCAACCUGACAAGACUACGUGCAAUAUUUUGAUAGAGCAAUGUAGCAAAGCAGGGGAAGCAUGGGCAAUUACCCAAAUACUUCAUUAUAUGAAAGAAAAUUCCCUUGUUCUCCGGUAUCCUAUAUAUCUUCAGGCAAAUGAAACUCUAAACAUGGCUGGUGAGAGUGAUUUGCUUCUCCGACAAGUUAAUCCUCAUAUCUCUAUUGAUGCCGUUGAUAAUAUUGAAUCCAGGAGAUGGAGAGAAAAUACAUCUGAUAUGAACUAUAUUAUAGACCAGGGUCUUCUUUUGGAAUUAUUAAGAAAGAAUAAUUUAGUUGCCAUUGAUCGCUUAUUUUCUGGGAUGGUUCAAAACAAUAUGCGGUUAGCCUCUGACCUUGUCUCUAAAGUCAUCGAGGUUUAUUGUAACCAUCGCAGGACAAAAACAGCUCUUUCGGUCAUGGAAUACUGUAAUGAUAUGGGUAUUAAUGUUGAAAAAGAAGCAUUUCUUUCACUACUAGGGGUUCUGAUUAGAACGAAAGAUUUUUCAAUGAUUUUGCCGGUAGUUGAGAAAAUGGUUAAAAGAGAUGUGUUUCCUGAACCACAGUUAGCUUCCUCAUUAAUUUUUAGGCUUGGUCUGGCCGGAGAGCUUAAGACUGCUCUGAAAAUGUUCAAUAUGUUCCCUGAGGAGAUGAAGAACACUACAUUAUACACUGCUUUAAUAAGUGCCUGUUUCUCAUCUGGACAUCCUGAUAAAGGAAUUGAAACAUUUGAUACUUUAAAAAGGAGUGGAUUUCGGGGCACUUCAGGAACAUACAAUGUGCUCAUUAGAGGUCUUGAAAUUUACGGCAGAGCUGAUGAUGCAAAGCUCUACCGGAAGGAAAAGAAAAGUUUGCAAACGAACGAUGAUGUUCCAGAAACUCUUCUUGUGGAUGAAAAGCUCUGUGAUAUUUUAUUUGCGGGGUAUAUGGUGCCAUGAUGCAGUGAAUAGGAUGGCAAAACAUUCUUUUUCCUCAGGUGGUGGAAUGUUACUCUGAAUGCCAAAAUGGCAGACAUGCUUUUCUGGCUCAUGAAAUGAGUCAUGUGGCAUUUCCAGCCUAAUGUGUUGUGAUGUUUUCUUGCUUGCUGACUAGAGACCACUAAUUUUGACUUAUUAGCGGUGCGACAUUUCUUGGCAAUGUCCAAACAACCAAUGUUGGGAUGCACACUGCUUUUGGAUUAGCUCCAUGGUUGUUACUCGGUGGUAAUGUUAAACUACUAUUUUGUCAAUAGUUUAUCACGCCUCUGGAUGUUUACUUGUGGUAAGUUUUGACUCUAUUUUCUAAAAGUUGGAGUGAAAUUCAUGCGAUGGUGCCCACAUCAGAAAUCAGCCCACACGGGGUCGUUUCUUGGUAGUUGGUAUAUUCCUAAUCCUUAUGACAAGAUGUCCAAUAAGGGCAGAAGUAUGUUGGGCUUAGUUGGGUUAGUUGACCCCACUUAAAUAUGAAAAUUUUGAAUUUUUUUCCUUAUAUAAUUUGAGAUUUUUGUAAAUAUUAUGGUUAAUUUGAUUGUUUGAACCCUCUAAAAAGUAGUAAUUUUAUUUUGAUCCCAUUUAAUAC